AUGAGUGAGGCACGCCAGAUUCAGAGCAUGAUUGACUUCAUUGAGCGCGAGGCGCAGGAGCGGGCGGAGGAGCUCGACGCCGCCGCCCAGGAGGAGUAUGAUGUGGAGAAGAUGCGUUUGGUUGAGGUGGAAAAGGUGAAGGUGCGGGCCAGCACGGAGCAGAAGAAGAAGCAGGUGGACAUUGACCGCAGGGUCGCGAGGGCAAACUUCUCCAAGACGCAGCGGCUGCGUGUCAUGGAGGAGAGGUCGAGGAUCAUGGAUGAACUGAGGGAGAACACGCGGCGGAAGAUUGCUGCUUUUGUGAAGGACACUAGCAGGUACCAAAAACUUCUUCUUGAACUCAUUCAUCAGGCGCUUCUUGCGGUGCGGACGGAUGCCGUCAUUCAGUCCCGGAAGGAGGAUGAGGCCGCGGUGCAAGGCAUGAUCAAUGACGCAGAGCAGUGGUACAGGAAGACGGUAGGAUCGAAGAUAACCGUGACGCCGAGCAAAGAAUAUCUCAACACGGAAGAGGCCUGGGGUGGCGUCAUUGUCACGUCUCAUGAUGGCCAUAUCAUAUGUAACUUGACGCUUUCAUGCAGGAUGCGGAACUGCUUUGAAGAUCAGCUUCCUGCGAUACGGUACUAUCUUUUUAACUCUGACGCAUCCGUUUAA